GUUGUUUCAAAUAUACACACAAAUAAUCGGAUGGGAUACAAAUAUUACAAGCCUGUGAAAUUACCAUUACAGGAAUACAUAAUAAUUCUUGAAAGGGUUGAACAACAAAUAAAUAGAGAGAGAGAUGGCUCUGCCUACCCUCCCGUCCUACUGGACAUCAAGGUACAAGAAUAUUCAUGAGAGGGCGAUGGUACAGCGGCGGAAUCAUGAAGAAGAUUUCAGAGAGCAGUGGUCCAGUCGAGCAGAGUACUUCAAAACAAGUGAGGUUCAAAUGACCAAGCAGAAUGCCUGGACAUCUGAUCAAAGUUUUCAUGAUAGCAUGGAUGCGUUCAAGGCAAAGCACGAUAAAGAGGUGAAAGCCCGGGAGCUGAAAGAGAGGAGGAGAAGGCUUCGACACCUACUGGAUGGUGAGAGAGACGAGCUAGAAGCUGAGCUAAGAGGACUGUCGGGAGACAAUUACGUUAGACUGCGCGAGAUGAAAGAGCGGAGUGAUGACCUGAAGACCAGCAGGGAAACAAGUAGGAAACAGAUUGCUGAUGAGAGAUUGUACAACCACUGGAAGCACAAUAACCCAGAUCUCAGAAAACUUGAGUCAGAUAUGCACAAACGCCAUGUGACCAAUGCAUGGGAGGGGCAGAAGGAGGAGAAGGAGCAGCAGUUGGCAUCAGCCAGGGAGCAGGAGCAGUUGUUGGAGGAGGCUAUGGAGAGGGAGCGGCAGGCGGGGCUGGAGCUGGACCGGCAGAGGGCGGAGUCUCGUCUCCAGGAGGAGAAAGCAGUGGCAGCACAACUCAUAGAUCAAGUCAAGGAGCUCAGAGAGAGAGAAGUAGAGGCUGAGACCCUGAAAGCCGAGCAGGAUGGGCUGAUCAAUCAACAGUGGGAGCUUGAGAAGUUAGAAGAAGAGCGAAAAGAGCUGGAAGAGCAGAGGAAGAAAGCCGAGUUUGGGCGGGCCCUUGUCAGUCAGUACAAGGCAAAACUUAGACGAAGAGCAAGACAGGUCCAAGAAGCGUUGGAACUUGAUCGUAAGAUCCUUGAGAGUGUUGCAAGAAAGCAGGCCGAAGAGGAAGGAAUGAACAUCAAGAGAAAAGAGAAGGCACAGGCCGAUGCUGCUUGGAUGAAACAAGUCAUUGACGAUCAGCUAAAACUAGAGAAAGCGAGAGAGGCUGAACUAGAUUCAUUGUUCAAGGAGGAAGCAGCACGUCAGUGGUCCAAGAGAGAAGCAGAAUGGGAGAAGGAAAGACUGGCCAGAGAAAGGCUUAUGUCAGAGGUUUUACAAGAACGGCAGGGUCAGCUUCAAGAUCAGGUGGAGGUAAACAGGAAGAGACAAGAAGAAUCGUUACAGAGGCGAGAAGAACUUCUCAGAAAUAUGGAGAUUGCACAACAGCUCACUCAGAGAGAGAAAGAAGAGGAAGAGAGAAGAAAGGCAUCCACAAGAAGACAGUUUGAAUCUCAGAUGACGGAGAGGGAUUUGAGAAAGAAGGAAGCAAAGCUGAGAUUCCAGGAAGAGCUUGAUGCUGAGAAACAGGCAGAAGAAGAUUACGAGGAAAUGCUUAGAGGAGAGGCAUCUCGCUUAGCUCUUGAAGAUUAUGAGCCAAAGUCGUAUCCACGCACCACAUCUCGAAUGAGUAGUCGUCCAGAAUCCACCAUUCCACCAAUGUCCUCGAGACCAGGAUCUACUAUACCAUUUCCCGGAGGGUCCAGACCCAAUUCAAGGCCAGGCUCGAGAGCAGGACCAAAGUCUGGCCCUAGUCCAGGACCUGGAGCAGCACCCAGUGGAUGGCGAAGACCGGGACCUAUACCGGCUUGGGAAUGAGUGCGCGGAGAUGUCAUCUGAUCCAGUGAUACUGUGUAUUGUAUCUCUAAAGACAGCUUGUAUUGAUUCGACUCCAUUAGGGGUUUGUCCAUUAGCAGGUGCUGUCUAUAAUGCCGAGUAGAAUGUAAAUUUAAUGGCCAUUAUGAUGCUCCGUUUAUUUCACCUAUCAUCUAAUCUGGGGCCGUUUCAUAAAGCUGUUUGUUAGUUAGUUAAGAGCGACUUUAAGAAUGACUGGUGAUCCUUUCUUACGCGUUAAUAAUCACCAACGAACAUUUAAUGGUUGAUAUGAUUUACCACAAGAAACGAUCACCAGUCUUUCUUGAAGUAAUUCUUAACUUACAAACAGCUUUAUGAAACAGCCCCCUGGUAUCUUCUGGGAUUCAAUGGUUAUGGACAAUUCCCAAAGUGCACAUAUGCUAAGGAAUGUGUAUACACAGUAUAAUUAGCUGACCCAAGAAGAUGUAUCUAUAUUACAGGUAUUUCCAGAGACUGGUGACAAUGAAUUAUAUCAACCCUCCAUGAAAGCUAACUGAUUUUUAAGCCUACAUUACGCAAAGCCUUUUCCUUCAUGUUUGUCCGUUUCUCUUGAAACUACAGUUAGGACAACUGGGCAUUUAGUUCUGGUCACCCAUCAUUGGAUAGUGACGCUCUAAACCCUGGUAAAUUUAAAUUCAUGGUACUGGGCCCUGUCUUACAAAGAGUUACGAUUGAUCCAAUCAAUCUCAACUGUAUGGACAUCCAUCCAUACCAUAAUUUUUUCAACAGGAUAUUUGCGCAAUCUCCUUAGUAAACAAAGAGAAUCACGCUGAAUCUUCAAGAUAACGAUGAAUGUAUGAAUAUGCAUCAUAUCUAGAAAUUGUUUUGAACAAAUUUGCAAUUUAGAUCUUGACGUUGCUGGCCAUCCAUAGUCGUGAUUGAUCAUAUCAACCGUUACUGUAAGACGGGGCCCUGAUCACUCCAUAUUCAUCUGAGUGGAUUGUAAGAUAGAUUAUUUUCAUGUUAUUCUUAUUGCAUUUUAGAAUACUUUGUAUGUUUGCCAAUUUAACAGGGUAGGCGUGAUGUUGGGUGUAGAUUAAUAAUGGAUGCUAGUUAAAAUCAAAAUCCAAUAGAUAUACCUUAUAGUGGUGGUAAUCAUGUUGAAAGGGCUUCUGGUUGUGAGAAAGGUGACAGCAUUUAUUGAAAGAUUUAAGGUUCUUUUCACAUGAUUUAUGAAGAAUGUUUUGUUUAUCAACACAUGCUAUUUUCAAAAGGAUUGCCAUCUAGAUGUCCUAAAAUUCACCUAAUGACAAAAAGCUGAAAUGUUUGGGCAGAACAUAUACAUGUAUGUGUGAGUAAAUUUCCAAUUCGUCUAUUGCCAACUCGUCCACUCAUCACUUGGACUACCUUCAUUUAAUCUAAUGCCAUUCCGUCCAACAUUUCAUCCAACAACCAUUUGGCCCAAUUAUCAUUUUGCCUAAUCACCAGUUCGUUUAUGACCACUUCGUCUAAUAACCACUUGGUCUAAUAUCCAUUUCAUUUUCAUUCAUUUUGGCUUUUUCGCUCAAUUAACACUUACUAGUAGUUCAUUUAGACUAAAUGGUAUAUGGACUAAAUGGCUAUUGGACCAACUGGUUAUUAGACAAAAUAGUGAGUGGACGAAAUGGCAAUUACACCAUGUGAAUAGUCUGAUGGUAGACCAUUUGAAAAUAAACCUACAUGUAUGUGAGUAGUUCCAUAUGUGUGUUUAUGUGUGUCGUGCAUGGAAAAAAACAAUAAUUUUAAGGUUAAUUUCGAAUUUUCAUAAUAAAAAAUAUUACAGAAUUACUUGUCAUCAACACUUUGAACAUCAUAACUAAGGAGGAUUUUGCAAAGACAAAAAUAGCAAAUUUUGUGAAGUUCCAGAAUGAAGAUAAAAGUUAGCGUUGAUCUCAGAAGUAUGGAUACGCUGCUACGCAAUACAUCUGAAAAUUUGAUUGGUUGAACGUAAAUGAUCAGAUUUUAACUCUUGGUAUUAAUAACAUAUAGGUUUAUGGAAUAGGGCCAAGGGCUCUGUAACAUGCUAUUAUUAUCAAAGUCAAAAUUGAAAUUGUUCGUAAUUUGUAGUAAUUUAAUCUGCAUGAAAGGACCUAUAGGGCAAUUGAACCUGAUGAAAUAGAUGUAGUAAUAAUGGCAAAGUUACAUGUACUGCUAUAACUGAGUAUGGUAUAAUGCAAUGGAAUAUCAGCAUUUUUUUUUAGGUCUUGUACUUGCAAGCUGCAUAAUUUAUUUAUAAUUACAUUUGUAGAAUAGCUUGUUGUUUUAGAUUCUUAUUAGGUCCCACUUGAUGUGAAAUUCUUAUACGAGUCUAAUGAAAAUGUUGCAAUUUAUACAAUAUCUAUUUGUAUGAACUUGUAUCUCGAAACUACAAAACCUUGAAUGUACAUAAUUGAUUAUUCUCUAUUUCAAAUGAGAUGUGGUCAUGCAAGUGAUCUGCAACUAAAAUUUUGUGAAAUUUGUAAUUCUGUCAUUUUUAUUAGCGAAUUGUACAUGUAAAUAAAGGCUAUAUGAAGAUUAAGUACGGUAGUGUUGAUGUUGAUGAAUUAAUGCCUUGGCUCAGAGAGUAGUAUGAUUUUCUCUUUACUCGCUUCAUGCAUUCAUAUAACAGUACUUUUCUUCAUUAACAGGACUAUGCAUCUUCUAUUAUGUAAAGCUUAGCGACAAUUUUUUUAAAUAUUUUAUAGAUGUAGGAUCUUUCAAUAGUACAUGUUCACUCAAUCUGACAUAUGUUGAAUCUAUCGCAUAAUUGUAGAAUUGCUGUGGACAAAAUUCAGUUAUUAUUAUACAUCCAGGACCCCUUCUGAGAUAACAAUCAUCCUCAAUAAUGGAAAGCUAAUCACAUGAUAUAGAAAAUGUUUGUUUUUGUUUUUUUUCAAAAGGGCAUUUCAUAGACCUCUUAGAUGAAGAAUGGUGACAUCCAUGGCUUGCCAUAUUCUACAUUGAUUGGAUCAAUCAAAACUCUUUAUAAGAAGGAACCCUGAUCAGGCAAAAGGAAUACGGAAACAAGAGAAUGGACUUGUGAUCAUUUUGAUUUCAUAAAAAUUAAAACUGAUGACUUAUGUGCAAGGUUGAUUAUACACUGAUUGUCAGUUGUGAUUGAUUGAUUGAUUGAUUUUAUUUGUCAGGUAACUAUGAACAAGUACAAGAAAAUAUGAACAGCAGUGUAUACCUUGACAGGAUUGCCCAUGAAAGCCGAGAUGGCUUAUUUCCAAUGGGGUCCUUACAUCAGUAAUUGAUGCAUGAUCAAUGGAAAGGCAAUGUUUCAUCUAUUGUGGAACUUGUAGAUAUGACACAUGCUUACUCACUCAGCCCACAUUGUGUUGAGAAAAUGGUGUUUAGAACACCAAUAUUCUGAGAGGACCAGACACUCGGGUGUUAAAAUACACCAUAAACGUUGAACAUCUAGUGUUAUAGAUGUUAAACUAGCACCAUAAAUAUAACAUUUAGCUAUUCAUUUGAUUGGAUGUGUGGAAAAAUCUUUCAAUUCCUGUCUGGAUUUCAUGACCCAAUUCCCAUUAAUAUCCUAAUUCUUAGCUCAUAGACAUUACCAUUGAAAUACAUUUACAUUAUUUGUGAAUUUUUAAAUCAUUAAAAACAUGUUUAUUUGGCUUUCAAAAGGUGUAGACUAACCUUGCAAUAUUUGAAACAGACGGUUACAUUGUCUUUUUAUUACUGUUUAUAAAGCUACCGGUACUUAAUUCAUGUCAACAUUUUUGUAUGUAAAUUAUAUUUGUCGUUAUGAAAUGUAUAUAGAUAGACCGUUGUCCUGUUCUUUGUAAAUAUGAAUGGAUGUGUUUAUAUUUCUUAUUAUCGUUAUUCAUAUCGUACUGAAUUGUGUGGCAAUAACAAAUUAUAGAAAUAUAUAUAAACA